AUGGCGCUUGCAUCACUAACCAUUCGAAUACUGUUGGCUGUCGCAAGUGUUUUUACGAGUGUUGCCGACGUUAUUUUUACUGAAGAAGAUGCAAAUCUGUCAACGCCUGAAAUCAUUCUAAAGUAUGGCUAUAAUAGCGAAGUACACAAUAUCGAGACGCAAGAUGGAUAUAUCAUCGAGCUGCACCGUGUACGAAGUUCUCCAGUCUAUGGACCAGCCAACCCCUACAAACUUCCAGUGUUGCUCAUGCACGGUUUGAUGGGUUCCUCCGCCGACUGGAUUCUUAUGGGACCGGAAGAAUCACUUCCUUAUUUGCUUUCCGACCAGGGCCAUGACGUAUGGCUCGGAAAUGCGCGUGGUAAUCGGUACAGCCGCAACCACACACACCUAUCACCAGAGGGACGCGAGUUUUGGGACUUUACCUUCCAUGAAAUUGGACUCUACGACCUACCGGUCAUGGUGGAUCACGUACUAGCGCAAACAGGACAGCCCCAGCUACACUACGUGGGACAUUCGCAAGGCACUACCAUGUUUUUCGUACUGAACGCCUUGCGUCCCGAGUACAACCGGAAGUUUCGGCUCAUGCACGCGCUUGCACCGGCAGUCUUUCUUACCCAUCUGCAGAACCCAUUUCUGCGGUUUUUGGCCCAACAUGAAACGGCGGCUUUGCAAUUUGUCAAUUUUUUUGGUAUUUUCGAGGUUAAACCAUAUCAAGAGGAUAUUAACCGACUGGCCAAAGCUCUAUGUCCCGACUUCUACAGUAGAGCACUCUGCCUGGACGCGAUGCACACAAUGACGGGCAACAAGUACCAUCACAUGUCACAGCUAGGGUUCCCAAUGCUGCUACGCCACCUACCGGCGGGAUGUUCUCUGAAGCAGGUCGCUCACUUCGGCCAAGUAGUUACAUCCGGACACUUCCGGCCGUAUGACUACGGAGUGGAAGAAAACCGCCGCCGUUACACUGGGAGUGCAGUGCCUCCCGACUAUGACCUCACCAAGGUCACUGCGCCGGUAGUCAUCUUUUACGGCCUUGCCGAUCAGCUAACGCACCCGACCGAUGUGCGGCAGCUGGCAGGCCGCCUGCCCAACCUGGUAGCCCUGAACCAGCUGCCGAACACAACCUUCAACCAUAUGGACUUCCUGCUCGCGGGCGAUGCCAAGGACGCUCUGUACGAUAGCAUUAUCGGUAAUGUGGAGCAAGCGUGA